CCUUGUUUACCUCCCCCUCCCCUCCAAGGACCGCCCCCAAAUCCACAACCUCGAACAAUCUCCGACCUUCAACAACCCCACAACCUCGAUCAAUCUCCGACCUUCUACAACCGCGAUCAACCUUUGGUCAUUCCACCUCAACCAAUUUUCGCCUUCCUCACUACACCACUCUGACGCCUCCGCGACCACGAUCACUUUGCCCUAUUCGUUCGGCGCGCAGUAAGAGAGUCACGAUCGCGUGUUGGAGAGAGCCAAGACUGCAACUCGAGACCGAGUACGCAUCCCUCGGAAUAGCAAAAUACACAUCAUCCUACUCGCCGUACGGCCGGCGGCCGCGGCGCAGCGGCGCGCUCGUCACGCUGUGGAUGUUCUGUUUCGUGUUCAUCGUCGCCGCCACGUGGUUUAUCCGCACGCGCUACGCCGAUGCGGCGCGGGGCUAUGCGGCGCGGUUGAUGCGUGGUCGGGGGGAAGGUGGUGUGUGUGUAUGUGUGUAUCAAUGUGUAUUAAUGGGCAUGACCGGGUGGGGUUGCUUGAGUCAUGUGACAUACUGUGUUCCUGUGUUACUACGAGCUUAUACAAUAUAGGAUGGGACGGGGAAUCUACAAAGUUGUUUGUUUGGGAGACGGAAAGGGGCUUGAUUAUAGACUGCGCGGGAAGCAGUCUGGGCAGCUGUCUGUUGUGAGAGGUUUCUAUAGUG